CAGACGUGGGGUAGAGCUACUGCUCUUGCUGUGCUGCCUGUGAAAUACCUAAGUCUGCGUGGUGCUGAGGGGGUCUGGAGCAGGGGUCACCGCUAAUCGCAGAGCAGAACAGAGAGAGAGAGAGAGAGCGCACAGUUAGAAGCAGGUGAGAGAGAGAGAGCAGAUAGAAGCAGGGAAGAGAGAGAGAGAAGCAGGGAAGAGUGAGAGAGAGAGAGCAGAUAGAAGCAGGGAAGAGAGUGAGAGAGAGCAGAUAGAAGCAGGGAAAGAGAGAGAGCAGAUAGAAGCAGGGAAGAGAGUGGAGCAUGAGAGCUGAUCUGUGAACAUACUGGAGAACAUACUUAAGUUUUUAGUCGGUAGUUGGAGCAUCAAGACAGGAUGGCUGUCCUGCGUCUGUGCAGUCUGCUGCUGCUGCUCAUGGCUCCUGUUCAUGGCCAAUGGUGGAGUGUGCUCUGGGGGAAUGCACAGGAGAUGACCACACAGCCCCCCACCACCGAGGUCCUCACCACCACCAAGGUAUUUUGGACAAUGGAAAGGACAGAGGUGGGCCAGGUGGGGACCCAGACAGAGGUGUACACUACUGCACCUGUUCAGGGUACACCUCUACAGAGCGCACAUGAGCCCGCAGGUGCUGGAACAACAGAGAUCAAGCCCAAGGCUAAGAAAAUACCUCUGAAAAUGUGGAAGAGUCGUGAGCUUGGCUCUACAGGCCACCUAGACCUGACUGAGUUGAUCGGAGUGCCGCUCCCUCCCUCUGUCUCGUAUACCACCGGCUAUGAGGGCUUCCGGCCGGCCUACAACUUCGGUCCCGGCGCCAACAUCGGACGCCUCACCAAGACCUUCAUGCCCGACCCUUUCUUCAGGGACUUUGCCAUCAUCGUCACCAUCAGGCCCAGCAGCAACCAGGGAGGGGUGCUGUUCGCCAUCACUGAUGCCCAGCAGAGGGUGGUGCAGCUGGGGCUGGCGCUGACAGCCGUGGAGGAUCAGACUCAGAGGAUUCAGCUGUACUACACCGAGGGGGGCCAGGAGUCCUCACACAGCCAGCAGGUGGUGUCUUUCAAGGUGCCUGAUAUGACCAAAAAGUGGACAAUAUUCACUCUGUCAGUGCAGGACCAGGAAGUGUGCCUCUAUAUGAACUGUGAUGACUUCCAAGCAGAGACCUUCCACAGGAGCAGCCGCCAGCUCAGCUUUGAGCCCAGCUCAGGCAUCUUUGUGGGCAACGCUGGAGGGACUGGCCUGGAGAGGUUUGUGGGCUAUAUCCAGCAGCUGGUGAUCAAAUCAGACCCCAGGGCUGCAGAGGAGCAGUGUGAGGAAGAUGAUCCCUAUGCUUCUGGAGAUGGGAGUGGGGACGAAACGAUGAAUGACAUGAAACGAAGAAAGGAAACAGCAAGGCCAGAGGACAUGCUGAGCGGGCCUGUGCGAGCCCCGCCCACAGAGUCUCCGGAGGUGGAGCUAGAUGAGUAUUCAGGACACCUGACCCCCACAGAGGAGGCCCAUCAGGAGAUGCAUCUCAGAGGUGGGGAAGGACCCCACCAGACAGAGGAGCCAGAGAUGUCAGGGGAUGGUGGACCUCUUAGCCACAGACUGAAAGGAGAGCGAGGAGAGCCUGGGCCUAUAGGUCCUGCUGGUCCCCGUGGCCCCCCUGGCCCCCCCACUCUCUCUGAGGGUAGAAGGUCUGGGCACCACCAGCCAGGACCCAGGGGCCCUCUGGGGCCUUCAGGGCCAACAGGGGCCCCUGGGGUGCCAGGGAAGGACGGCCAGCUGGGAAGCAAGGGUGAAGAUGGAGAUCCAGGACAGAGAGGACCUCAAGGUUUCCCAGGUUUGGCAGGGGAGGUUGGAGUCAAAGGAGACAAGGGGGACCCAGGAGCAGGACUACCAGGGCCUCCAGGCCCCCCUGGACCUCUCGGACCCCUCAGAUCACACAGUGUGCCAUAUGGAGAGGAUGCACUCGGCUCUGGUUUUGGAGACCUUGACAAUACAGAAUUGAUCAGAGGUCCUCCUGGCCCUCCAGGUCAACCUGGCCCCCCAGGACCCACCAGUCCCUUCAAUGCCUCGGAAGGCCUGUUCACUGGACAACCAGGUCCUCCUGGCAGAUAUGGCCUUGUUGGGAAACCUGGACCUCCGGGUCAACCUGGUCUGGAUGGGGAUGUUGGGCCGACGGGGCCUAAAGGUCUGAAGGGUGAACAAGGACGAGUUGGACCGAAGGGUGAACCAGGUGACCAAGGGUUGGCAGGAGCUACAGGGCUGAGGGGACCAGAGGGGAAGAGGGGCAACACUGGCCCUCGCGGGCUGCCUGGCCCCCCCGGACCCCCAGGAGCAGGAUUGUUUGUCGAGGAUAUGGAGGGGUCUGGGAAGAAUGACAUGCUCCUUGGCGUAGGACUCAAAGGCCCUCAGGGACCUCCUGGUCUUCCUGGCUCUGCAGGACCAAAGGGUGAAGAUGGGAAGGAUGGGGCUCCUGGGUUGUCAGUGAAGGGUGAGCCUGGUGCUCCUGGCCCUGAGGGACUCCAAGGGCUAGCUGGACUUCCUGGCGCCAGGGGAUUGAAAGGAGACAAAGGCGAUCCAGGACCAAAGGGAGAGUGUGGUCCUGAUGGACACAGUGUACCUGGUUCUCCUGGUCCUCCCGGCUCUCCAGGUCCCAUCAUCAAUCUGCAGGAUCUCCUCCUGAACGACACAGAGGGCAUGUUUCAUCAGAUCCGUGGGCCCCCUGGCCCGAUGGGCCCCGAAGGAGAGCCUGGCAGAGCAGGAUUCCCUGGCCCAAGAGGACCAAAGGGUGACAUUGGGCUUCCUGGUCUUCACGGUCCACCAGGAAUGAAGGGUGCGAAGGGGGAUUCUGGUGUCACGAUCGCUGCAGACGGCACUGUGUUGACAGGUGUCAGGGGCCCUCAGGGACCAAAAGGAAUAAAGGGUGAGCGUGGGUUCCCUGGAGUUGCUGGUAUCAUGGGACCAAUCGGACCAACCGGACAAAAAGGAGAAUACGGGUUCCCUGGUCGACCGGGACGACCUGGAAUGGCAGGGAAGAAGGGAGACAAGGGUGAUGCCAUUGGUCAACCAGGACUUCCUGGUCCUCCUGGCCCUCCCGGUCCCCCAGGACCAGUAAUAGGACUCAAUGGAACAGUUUUUCCGGUCCGUCCCCGACCGUUCUGCAAAACACCAGUGAAUGGCAGCAGGGGAUCAUCACAAGGUAGCAGGAGAGGAAACAGAGGUGCUAAAGGAGAAAAGGGAGAGGUUGGACUGCCUGGAACACCUGGAGAACCAGAUGGUGUUCUUCCCGAAGGCUUUGUGGGAGAAAAAGGGGACGUGGGCUAUGAAGGAAUGAAAGGAGAGAAGGGUGACGCUGGGUUGCCUGGCCCACCAGGUCUUCCUGGGAGAUCAGGCCUUGUGGGUCCAAAAGGUGAAUCCAUUGUUGGCGCCCCUGGUCAUCCUGGAGCUCCUGGUGAACCAGGAGUUCCUGGCAUUGGACGACCAGGCACUCGGGGGCCCCCUGGCCCAACUGGACCCCCUGGACCACCCCCUGUCUAUGCCUCAGCUGUGAGUAUUCCUGGCCCACCUGGGCCUCCUGGUCCUCCUGGGAUUACUGGCUAUGAAAAUCUGGUGACCACAUACAGGAACACCAUCACUCUGAUGAGGGAGAGCCACCGUGCUGCAGAGGGAUCCAUGGCCUACGUCUCAGACAAGGGAGAACUCUAUGUUAGAGCCAGAGAUGGCUGGCGCAAGGUUCAGCUUGGUGAGCUGAUCCCUGUCCCAGCAGAGACCCCAUCCUCCGCAUUGUCCCAGGCCCUGAGCAGACCAGAUCGUAGCAGACCACACAGGCAGGAACUAGUUGGAACUAGCUACAUGCCCAACUAUAAUGUCCUACCUCAUAUGGUUCACUCAGUACCGGGGCUGCACUUGGUGGCCCUAAACGCUCCGUUCUCUGGGGACAUGCGUGGCAUCCGGGGGGCAGAUUUCCAGUGCUACCAGCAGGCCCGCACCAUGGGCCUCACCGCUACCUACAGAGCCUUCAUGUCCUCACACCUCCAGGACCUGGCAACCAUCGUCAAGAAGGGAGAUCGCUACAGCAUGCCCGUCAUCAACCUCAAGGGAGAGGUGCUCUAUGGCAGCUGGAUGAACAUCUUCUCUGGGAAUGGAGGUGUGUUGGACCCAUCAAUCCCCAUCUACUCCUUUGACGGACGGAACGUCAUGACGGACCCCACUUGGCCUCAGAAGCUGGUGUGGCAUGGCUCCAGCACGGUGGGAAUCCGUAUGACCACUAACUACUGCGAGGCGUGGCGGGCAGGUGACAUGGCAGUGACGGGCCAGGCCUCUCUCCUCCAAACAGGCAGACUGCUGGGCCAACACACCCGCAGCUGCUCCAACCGCUUCGUAGUGCUGUGUAUCGAGAACAGCUACACUGACCACAGAAGGUCUAAUUAACCUCAACAUACACAUCUAGUAUACACACUCUCUCUCAUACACACACACAAAACUAGAUCUCAUUCAUGUUUUCAUGAAGAGCAUGUAAAACUAAGCUAUUGACACAUGUUCAAGCAAAUCCAGUACACACAAACAAACACACACCUCUCAUUGACAGCAAACAUCCAUGUGGACCACACAAUAAACUCCCUCCCUCCCUCCACACACACACCACACACACACACACGUCUCCUAUUAACAAAUAGCAGUUAUGUGCUGGACCACGAGGCAUUUUUACACUAUUUCAUACUGACCACAGAUGAAACUCCCCACUUCAUUAACCUCUCAUUAUUAACCUUCCAUCAACACAGCAUCACCGCUUUGCACUUGUCCCUAAUCUAAGUUUUCCUGUCCCUUUAAGAGAAGUGUAAAUAUAAUGUAAAUUGCUUCCUGUCAAAAGCACUGCAUAACUCCAAUUCACUUUGUGUUUAAAUUGACUGAAUAAGGAAUGCCAAAGAUCUGGUAAUCAGCAACCAACUGACUAACACACUGUUUCUGCUGAAGUAAUCAUUAACACAUUUUUUUUGUUGGUUUGCUCAAUUUAGUCUUAUUCUUAAGUGCCCAGUAGAGUAGUUUGCAUAGAGGCAACAACAGUUCUAACCUUUUGUGGAUUACUGUAUCAGUCCCCAAAACAAUGUGAUGAUAUGAUGAAAUUAGGACAACUGGUCUUUUCUGUUUUUCUGUGAUAUAAAUGUAUAAUAAAAUACUUGGAUGUUUUCAGACAAGGGACCUUUUUUUCCUCUUUAGGCCUUGAAGUCAUUUCGAUGCACUGUGAGUUGAUUUGAAUAGUUUGGGAUGUUUCCAUAGCCAUGAAGGCUUUUUUGUCUGUGAAAAUUGUUAAGGGUUUUUCUGUUGCGAGUGAUAACUUUUUCUUAAUAUUUAAGUUUAAUUCUAUGUUUUACAUUUUUUAUUUAUACUGUAACAGCACAUCAUCUUAAAUCUAGCAAAACAUAGCUUCACAUUCAAAUGAAAUGAAAUUGAAACACUACACGUGCUAUCUAACCUGAAAGUUAUUUUUGUACGGUAUUCUACUAAUUGACUAACUGUAGAUGUACUUUCAACAAAUAUAUAAUCAAGAGCUAGAUAUUUUAAUGGCUGGGGAAAUGAUAGGAACAGUAUCAACUCUAGAGCGCAAAGUAUUUUUAUAUGUUGAUUCAUUUCACAGACGUGAUAGGCUAUAUUUUUACAGUCAGGAAGAUUGUCUUUUUUAAAUUGGAAAGAAAAUGUUUGACUGUCAUUCAGAGAAAUACAAUGUUUGUACUCAUUGACUGUUGCUCAGUGAAUAAAUUUUUUUUUUAAAAGACUGUUA